AUGACUUUUGAUACAUCAACAUGUUUAGAUUGCGUUUAUGUGCAACCACCCGACGCAAUUCUUUCAAUUCCUCCACCACCUUUACCCAGCUUUCUACUUCCUAAAAGCUCUGAUCUUGUACUUCCUGGCAAUAAUCAUUCCCAGCCAUGUUUUGCUGCUUUCAUGUGUGAAACAUCACUGAACUUGAACUCCGACCAUAUUGAAUAUAUUGAACUUCCUCGUAAUCCAAACUUGGGUAUCGACGAGCCAUGGUUCUUUGUAUUGAUCUGUAUUCUCUGUGCAGUUCUUUUUGUCAGCGCAAUUCUCUCAAUAAUUCUUCUAAAAUGCCGAGACAACAAUUGCUCGUAUCACGACACUAAUUUAAAACAUCAAAUGACGUUUUCAAGAGAACGUGAUCCAAAUGCAAACACCAAAGCUCAUGGGUUUGCCGUGGGAAAUGGACAGCUAGUUCCAGCAUAUAAUCCUCCGUUGCCAGUUUUGUGGGCUACAUUAACACCACAUGGCACAACACAGCAUUUCGUGACAGAUCCGUAUCCACAAGAAGACCAUUACGAAGCCAUCGAUUACAAUCGAAAAGCGUAUCAAGCGUGUGUCAAUGAUUUGAAUAAAACAUUUACCACCCCCAAGAAAACAAUGGCCAUCAAAUCCAACCAGGGUCCAUUUGAAAACAAUGGUUUUGUUGAUUUUGAGGAUUACGCAGACCCAUCGCCUUUGAUUGGUGAGUCGUGUAAUAAUUUAGAUUCAGAAGAAAUCGAUUCAGGCAUUUCCGGUGAGUAUCAAGAUCCACAACAAUUCUCAACUGGCAGUUCAAACGGCGAUUUCUUGGUAAGCAACGGUUCGAUUAAUAGCAACCAACAAUAUUGUCGUGGAUCACCAUCAACAAUGAGCCGGCAACGUAUAAUUUCAACUCCAACACGCAUCGCCAACCCAAAUGUUGUUAUUCCACCCCUAAACAGUCGAACAUUGGCGAAGAACAUAAAAAAUGCAACAAUGAGUCAUCAAUCCUCACCACAAUACAGCAAACGAAUUUCUGGUUCACUUUCACGACGUUCAAGUGAAAAUCAAUAAAUUUAAAAUCAAAAAGCUCAACAAUACGGUAAAUUGCAAUAAUUAGUGGGUGAUUAUUGACUCUCCAUCACUUUUGAAUGUUAUGAAACAAAGAAAAAUGAUGGAAACAGUUUGUAAUAUUUAAUAUUUAAUAUUAAGAGGGUCGGAAAUAGUUGAGGGGGUGAAAUCACAAUACGUAGACAUAAUUUGUCUAUUGUCUCAGAUGAAGCAAGCAAUUUUUUAAUAUGAUAUUUAGAACAUAAAUGGAAACUGUUUUAACAUGAAAAAGAAUUGUGAAAGUCGAUCAUUGGCAUGUUGGUAGUAUUAAAUAACAUGAACUUGAUCACCAUUCUUUAUGAAUGACACUUUUUCCCUUCGUCACUGAUACUUACAUAAUAUGAAUCCACAAUCUAUAAAAAAUAAGAUAAAUUAAAUAUUAUUAUUCUCUCACUCUCUCGCAAAGCAUGACCGAAAGGCAUCAUCAACUUUUCUCAAGAUAUAGCAAAACAACAAAUGACCAGCCAUAAAUCUAUUGCAAUAUUACAAGUCAGUCAUUUUCAAUGUCAAUGAAGAAGAGGUUUAUGGAAGUAAAUACUUUAUGGCGGGCAAAAUGAUUGACUAAGAAUAAGGAAAUUGAAAAGUACUCAAUCUAUUUAAGUAUAUCAAGCACACGUUUCAAGUUUGUAGAUAUGUGUAAAAGGAGAAAUCUGAAUUAUGUAUUUGGAUAUUAAAUAUUUAAGAAUUUACACAACAACGGCAGGCAUUCAAGAAACGAUUGGUUGUAAUUAAGCGAAUAAUUGUUAGUCAUAACAUUUUAAAUAAUUGUGAUUUUCGUGUGUUACAAGCUUCUUUAUUAUAAUACAACGCUGAGUGAAUAUAUUUUUAUUAUCUAUGUAAGUAGAUACCGAAACAAAGCUUCUAAUUUCUUUUGAAAUUUGACAAAUAUUUUUUAAGUUGCUGGGUUGAAAUUAGAGAAUCGUUGAAAGAUUUUAAGUUUUGUAAGCAACAACAAUUUUUCCCUUUUUUAAUAUUUAUGAAUAAAAGUUCAUAAACAUGUUAAAUAAGCAGUUUCAUGGAUGUUUCGAAUUACAAACAAUGACGAAAUAUCCCAUCGCAUAAAUCAAACUCUUCACGAAUAUACUCUUUUGUCUCGCAAAGAAUUCUGCUUUACACUAGAAAUAUGAAGAUGAAAGUUUGUUAAAUUUAAGACAACAUUAAAUUACAAUCAUAAAUUAUCUAACAGAAUAAUAAUCACUUAAUAAAAUGUCAGAAAUGAGUAAAUUAGAG